GAAUGCAUGAUAUCCCAAAUAUAACCUAAUGCCAGAAAACAAUCGUUAAAUGGUUUUUAUUGUUUUGGAUUUUAUCAAUUAUGUCGUCAAAAAUUGAAACGUCGAAAAAACCUUUCGACAAGAAGAAAUGGCGUACCAAAAAAUAUAGUAAAAAACACAAAUUUCAAGAAUGGGACGAGCGUCGCAAAAAAGCAAUUAUUCGUGACUACUACAAAGAUUUAAACAAAUCUGGCGUAGAAAGACCUUUAGAUACAUCAAUCAAUGAUGAUACCAUUCCUAUUCGACAAUUAAAAAGAUUAAACCCACAUAAAGAAGCACAAGAGCGUUACAAACAAAUCCUAGAGGAAAAGAAAGCUAGACGUUUUGAAGCAUCAAAAAAAAAGGAAGAAAUUCGUCAGGCAUUAGAAGAAUAUAAAAAAAAGAAGAUUUACAGAAAUAAAAAACUUGGUAAAAAAACAAAAAAAGGUCAACCAGUUAUGAAAGAAAGAUUAGAAUUAUUGUUAGAAAAAAUACAAGCAAGUGUUAGCAAUAAUGUCUAAAUUUUUUUUUUAAUAUUUAUUUGUUCUUUAAUUAUUUGAAAUAAAAUUCUUGUAAUUGA